CAGUUGUUAUCGUUGCCAGUUUGCGCGGGAGUCAGCUUGCAUGAUCUCGAAAGAUUUAGACAAGAAUUUCGAACCUCCGCAUUUACUUGUCGUCUGCCUUCGUGUCCGCGCUCAGUAGAGGGGUUCGAGACUCACUCCCUUCUGGCUACCCAUGAAUCCUCACACCGUAGGAUUUUAUGUGAAGAGCAGGGGUGCUUCUAUCCGCCAUUUACAAACAUCGAGGCUCUGCAACGACAUCGGAGAAAAUGUCACGAUUUUCAAGCGGUGAACACAAGAAGAAAGGUUAUCAGAGAGGUACCGGUACCAUCAGCAGGAUCGAAAGGUUUCGUAAUGACGGCCAAGAUUAAAUCUCAGUUACCCCCAGCCCUCGUUGCGUAUUUUGAAAAUGAAGAAGCGAUAAAUCGACAAGUACCUCGGAACUCCAUGCACCAAGGCGCAUUGAACAAUCUACGGCAUCAAAACAGGAAAAGAUUGUUGGACUCAAUGCUCCCGGAGCAGCGAGAUAUAGUCUCAGCUCUACCGCCAGAUAAACUUGCCGAAGUCAUGCGGCGCUGGGCUGCUAAGACGGCCGAGAAGGGCCAGGUACUGGCAAAUUCGGACGUUAAUGGUAUUGCCGAGUCGAAGGAAACCAUUUUGCCACAGUCUCAGAUAUCUCUUCCUACGACUCUUGCUGAGCUCCGAGAAUUAUACCCAGGGCAUCUAUCCGAGCAGGAUGCAGGCCACGUCUAUCCAGAUGUAUCAAAGAGCUAUUUCAGAAUAGAUACUAGCAAGUCCGGAGGUCAGAUCUAUUAGAGAACUAUUUCCAAGAACAGAUACUAGCAAAGUCCUGAGGGCAGUAAUAUUACCAUUCUACCUAAUUCACA